GCGCGUGCAGCACUACAUUACGUACCAGCACGCGCGUCUCUACCUAUGCCAACAAUUAUUCGUAAUUAUGGAAAUUAGACUAAGGUUUAUCAGCUGCCGUCGCCCGAGUGCAGUUUUAGGAGUUAGAAAAGCCGACAGAGAGACGAUUUCGUUCGGUCUUCCAAGCUUACAUUUAUAUUUAGCGUGCUUCGAAUGCGCCGUACAGUACAAAGUCGACGAACGAGUAUAUAAACACGCAGACGAGCGAAUCGAGCACGAUGGAAUAGGUUCGGCUUGAGAAGAGUCAACGAGACGCAAGGCAUUUUACAAAUAAUCAUUGAAAAUGAGCGAAGAACAAAAAACGACGAGUGGCAAGAAGCAGUUCACUUUCGAGGAGGUGAAAAAAGCCAGCGAGGACAGGAAGCGCACCGUCUUCGUAAUCAAGAACAAUGUCUACGACGUGACGGAGUUCCUGAACGAGCAUCCCGGCGGCGAGGAGAUCCUCAUGGACCACGGCGGCAAGGACGCGACCGAGGACUUCAUCGACGUUGGCCACUCCACGGACGCGCUCGAGCUCAUGAAGAAGUACCACCUCGGCGAGAUCGUCGAGUCCGAGAGGCGGCCGGUCGUCGACAAGGAGAGCUGGGCCACCGGCGAUCAGUUCGGCAAGCGCAAGGCCGACGAGUCCGAGUCGUCGUCCCCCGUCACCAUGAUCGUGGUCGCCGUCAUAGCCAUCUUGGUCUUCUUGCUCUACUUCUACAAGUGAUGAACUAAGUAGCGUGUGUACGCGAGUGUGGCCGACGAAUUUCGUCGUCCAGCGACAUUUUGGAGCUUCUCCAUUAACAGCAAACUCGCGCGGAGAGCUCCCACUCGGCACGAUGGCCUCUCGAUCGCCAGUCGACCAAAUGUAUUUGUAUGUAUUAUCGAUACGAUUAUCAGCGCGAUUAUUGAAAAUACCAGUGAUUUGUAAUUGAAAACAGCCUCUGCACAUGAUAUUCUUUUUAAAAUAUGUUCAAACGUAUUAAAGUAUCUUUCGAAGCAUUUUGCAAGUUUAUUAGCAUGUUUUAACGAGAGUAUAGUACAUGUGCCAGAGUCAAGCUAGUGAAAGAUUGUAAUUUUCUGUCCAAUUUAUACAUUUAUACGUUGCAAAUUUUCAUGGUUUAUACGGUGUAUAUUGAUGUACUCAUACAUUUGUUCUUUCCAAAAAUUUUACUACAAAAAUAAGGUGUCGGUGGUGUAAUGUUUUUACGACUCCAUGAUGAAAGAAACAAUUGUUAAAAAACAUUCCAUGUCCAUGUAGUUUUUACUCGAAAUAAAAUUACCACCAUUGACUCCGUAAAAAUUUGCUCACAAAUAAUUUAAUAAAAAAAAAACGACGAAGCUCGUUAUCGAUGCUAAUGUA